AUGGUGAAUGUGACUAAAAUAUUUCGCAAGGUCCCAGACCUCAAGGAGGUUGACGAACUCCAAGAUCUCGAAGAGUAUGCAAGAAGAACAAUGGGGUUGGGAUUAGAUUUGGAGCUGAGCCCCGUAUUGCGAGCCGUGAAGACCGUGAUCAAAAGACUUGGCGAAGUGAAAAAAGACUCACAUUAUGACGGUGAGGAUCUGGCAAAGGUUGAGGGGUUCAUUGCCAAGUGCAGCAAAGCUGUGUGGGAUAUUAUAUUGGAAAAUCCAGAUCUCAGAUCUCGAGUAGCUCGGGACAUCUUUAACUACAAACUACCGGAAGAGAGACUGCCGUCUAGGUUUGAGCUGAACGAAAUCAUGAAAAUUCACCGAAAGGUAGUACACAUACCCGACGAGCAACUGCAGUGGCCACCAUUCGAAGAUCACAGCGAGACCAAACGGCAAAGGCAAUGUGGAAGUGGCAAGAGGAAAGAAAGACAAUUUCAUGGCAUGACCCUACGCGAGUAUCUUGAUCACACACAGCACACGUCCGAUGAGAUGGGAAAAUGGCGUGUGGAGGCUGGGAAGUGGUUGGAAUUGUACCGGAAGACUGAAGACUAUAAGGAAACCAUGACGAGUAAGGAGAAAAUGAGGGUAGAGAUCGACAACAGGAGAAAAAACGAGGAACCAGAAAUCUUGUCGCUGCCCAAACCCGCUCUAGAAUUGAGGCCCUGGCCAGAUAUCUAUGUGGCGUCCUUCUGCUUCUACGCGUCCUUUCUAGUGGCAGGGUUCGUUUCUAGCUAUGUGUUGUACAAAACCUACUUUCGCUCAUAACCCGGUAACACUCACUGCAGUUGUACUGGUCUCUGAUUGAAAGAACGAUGUAAUCAAUGC